AUGGCUUCAGAUCCAAAGGUUCACAUAUUUGAAGAGGUGGCGAAGCACAACAAGACCAAAGAUUGCUGGCUUGUUAUUUCUGGGAAGGUGUUUGAUGUGACACCAUUCAUGGAUGAUCAUCCUGGGGGUGAUGAAGUUCUGCUGUCUGCAACUGGGAAAGAUGCAACAAAUGAUUUUGAAGAUGUGGGUCACAGUGAUUCUGCCAGAGAUAUGAUGGAGAAGUAUUACAUUGGAGAGGUUGAUCCAUCAACUGUCCCAUUAAAACGGACUUACAUUCCACCGCCUCAAGCUCGGUACAAUCCUGAUAAGAUAUCCGAAUUUGUGAUUAAGAUUUUGCAGUUCCUGGUUCCCCUUCUAAUCUUGGGUUUAGCCUUUGCUGUCCGUCACUAUACCAAGAAAGAGUAG